AUGCGCAUCAACGCAGCUGUAGCCGCCGCCGUCGCCGCUUUUGGGCUUCACCUGGCUGGCGCAGUGCCCGCUCCGGCCGACAACCAGACCGCCGCUGACCCUCCCCUUCGCCUCAUCAAGACGUCCGAGGACGACCCUGGGAAACUGGUCACAGAGAAGGAAAUGUCCCGCUUGACCUCGGAAGGCAUUGGGUUCAUGGACGUGACCGACGUUACUCAAAACACGAAUUCGACUCUCGUUGCUCGCCAGGGCGUGCGGUAUCCGGGCAGGGUCCGGCAUGUGGACGAGGCAAACGAGCUCAUCCGCGACAUCAAGAUGAAGGAACCGGAAAGGUGGUUGGAAACACUGACAAACUUCUACACGCGCUACUUCAACUCACCGUCUGGCAUAGAAGCCGCCGCCUGGCUAUAUAACGAGGCUAUCGAGGUUGCGUCGGCCAAUGGCGACAUUACCGUGACGCGGUUCAGGCACGAAUGGGAGCAGCCGUCGAUCAUUGUUCAGAUUCCCGGCAAAUCCCGGAAUCUGGUCAUUCUCGGGGCGCACUUCGACUGCACAGCCGGCGGCCCCGACAUACGAAGCCCCGGGGCCGACGACAACGGCUCGGGCGUCGUCGUCGUCCUCGAGACGCUUCGCGUUUUGGCCAAGGCGGGCUUCGUGCCCGAAAACACCAUCGAGUUUCACUUCUACGCCGCCGAAGAAGUCGGGCUGCGAGGCUCCAUGGAUAUCUUCCGCCAUUACGCGGAAGAAGGGAAGCGCGUCAUCGCCAUGUUGAACCAGGACAUGGAGGGCCGGUCGGCCAACGUCCUGGCCUCGGUGGUGACCGACUAUGUUUACGCACCACUGGCGGAAUACAUGUAUGUCUUGGCAAGCCACUACCUGGGCAGGCCGCCGUCGCGCACGAAGUGUGGCUACGCAUGCUCCGACCACGCCAGUGCCUAUCAGUACUCCUUCCCUGCCGUCUUGGUAAUCGAGGACACGUUUGAAAGCGCAUCUCGCGAGCGGGAUACAUCCGACGAUACGCUCGACAAGGUUGAAGGAGCCACGCUUUACCGCCACACCAAGCUUGCGAUUGGCUACGUUGUCGAGGCGUCUUACGUCAGGGGGGACUGA